GUGCGCCAUUCCACAUACCGCAGCGAUGAGGUCGACUAUAGAAAGCUUGUCUGUAAUGUGCUGGUUGUUUUGUCUUGUUUGGAGCUCAUUAUUAUUUUACAUUAAUGCGGAAGCACCCUUCUGUAACACCAAUCCAAGUGGAUUGCUUGGAUACAAUCAAUCAUGCAGUUACAGCUCCCAGUGUGUUACGGGGCUGUGUAGUGCCUCAAGGUGUCUAUGUGACAAUGGAACUUCAUACAACACAUGCGCCUUUAAGUGUGUUAACGAUUGCAAUAGCACAGUGAAUGGCACUACAGGAACGAUAACCAGCCCAGGUUAUCCCUCGAGUUCUACUACAACCUACUGUACAUGGAACAUUCAAGGAUUGCCAGCGACCUAUAUAGGCUUCAACUUAACAUACCUUGACAUGGGUACAGACAACAGUUGUGCAUCUAAUUACAUUGAGAUAUUUGAUGGACCGUCGACAUCAAACAGGACAUUUGGGAAAAUGUGUACAUCCUGGGAAACACUGACUAUAUCUACAACAAACAACAUGCUUGUGGUGUUUAGAACGUCUGGAACUGGAAGAUUUCUUGCCUACUUCAAAACACUGAUUGACGGUAAAGAAAAACUUAUUGUACCACUAACAGAAGACAAUGGUGCUAUUUUGUACUACAAGCACUCAGAAGAGUUGUUCGACUUCAUCAAUGAAACUCACUUGAAAAUCGGACAUGGACGUCCCACAUGGAUGGAAAAAGAGCUAAAAUGCCAAAAAGAUCUUAUUGAUAUGCAAAGUAAGCCAGACGGCAAAUACAAGUUUAUACUCAGUUACCAGGAUCAUUUAACCAAGUUCAUAUUGUUGCGAGCUUUGGAAACCAAAAGAGCAGAAGAAGUUGCUUACUAG